CCUGGUCUCUGGUCCCUACCUCUCUGCUCUGUCUUCAUGUCGCUGAGGGCCUUGGGCUCUGGAACCUGGCCCUCAGCCCCUAAAAUGUUCCUCCUGCUGACAGCACUUCAAGUCCUGGCUAUAGACAUGACACGGAGCCAAGAGGAUGAGAACAAGAUAAUUGGUGGCUAUACAUGCACCCGGAGCUCCCAGCCGUGGCAGGCGGCCCUGCUGGCGGGUCCCGGGCGGCGCUUCCUCUGCGGAGGUGCCCUGCUUUCAGACCAGUGGGUCAUCACCGCUGCGCACUGCGGCCGCCCUGCUCCCCCAGCCAGGUACCCCGCCUCUCUGCAAUGCGUGAACAUCAGCAUCUCACCGGAUGAGGUGUGCCAGAAGGCCUAUUCUAAGGCCAUCGCGCCUGGCAUGGUCUGCGCAGGAGCUCCCCAGGGCGGGAAGGACUCUUGUCAGGGUGACUCUGGGGGACCCCUGGUGUGCAGAGGACAGCUCCAGGGCCUUGUGUCUUGGGGAAUGGAGCGCUGCGCCCUGCCUGGCUACCCUGGUGUCUACACCAACCUGUGCAAGUACCGAAGCUGGAUUGAGGAAACGAUGCGGCACAAAUGAUGGCCUUCACGG